GAGCUCUGAAUCACACAGCAGCAGCAUUUAUUUGUAAAUAAAAGAUUUCCUUUUAAAAAUCUUAAUUCUCGCUGUGCGUCUAAUAAUGUAUCCGGAGGACUGAAGAAUAAGCGAUUUUGCUGUCUUGUCAGUCACUCAGGACGCUUUAAAGCGUUAAAAGACCAUGAACUACGUGGGGCAGUUGGCAGGGCAGGUGUUUGUGCAGGUGAAGGAGCUGUACCGCGGCCUGAACCCGGCGACGCUCUCCGGCUGCAUCGACGUUAUCGUGGUGCGUCGUCCCGACGGCUCCCUGCACUGCUCGCCUUUCCACGUCCGCUUCGGCAAGAUGGGCGUGCUGCGCUCGCGCGAGAAACUGGUGGACAUCGAGGUGAACGGAGAGCCUGUGAGUCUGCACAUGAAGCUGGGAGAAAACGGCGAGGCUUUCUUCGUCACGGAGGCCGAGAACGAUCAGGAAGUGGUGCCCUCGUACCUGGCCACGUCCCCCAUCCAGAUGCUGGGUCCCGAAAGCGGAGCGGCGAAGCGCAGGAGGAAGAGGAGGAGGAAGUCCAAAGUGGACAGCUUGAAGAGAGAGACGAGCGAGGAGUACUCGGAGUAUGAAACAGUCUUCUCUAUCGACAUGAGCUCGCACGAAGGAGACGACGAGCAUAACGGGAUUUCUUUGAAGGAAUCUGUGAAUAGUCACACACAGAAUGCUGUGUAUCCUCGCUCUGAUGGUGACUGGUCACCUAUACAGAGCCCUAAUGUGUCUCGCCCCUGCUCGCCCAAGAGUGACUCUGAGCUCCUCGCUAAAGCCGGCAAGAAGAAGCAGCAGGACCAAGACGAGGCCAUGCUCUGGGCCUGGGGAGAGCUGCCUCAGCUGUCCUCUAAACCCAGUCUUCCUGCUGCACGGCCCGUCCCAGUUCCCAUUUUGGCCAACACGCACUUCAGAGUCAUCCCUGCUGCGCCAGCUGCUAAUGAUCAUCACCAUGGCAACGGUGACACAUCUCUAUCCCAGGUCAUCCCUGCAGACAAGGAUGGCAGGAUGGACACGGACGAUGCAGGACCGCUGAGCAGGAGCGACGAGCCAAUGAGAACGCAGAACAGCCCUAAAGAAAGGGACCCAGAAAACGAGACGACGAGAACAGAGGCCGAGACGGUGGCAACAUUAGCAGCGUGUUUGGUGUCGGAAGUCGAGGAAAGGGGUGUGACCAGUGUAGGGCCCCACCCACAAGGCAAAACUGAUUCACCUUCUAAGAGAAAAGAUAAGAGAAGCCGCCAUCUUGGUGCCGACGGUGUGUAUCUUGAUGACAUCACAGAGCUGGAGCCAGAAGUAGCGGCGCUCUACUUUCCAAAAAGUGAGAACAGCGGUGCAGGGCGUGCGUGCUGUGAGGGCACGUUACGCAGCAUGAGCAUGUCUCCUCCGUCCAUGGGAAGUUCAGGAGCGGACAGCGGCGUGGACAGUUACUCGGAUCAGCCCGCUGACCUGCCCUCUAUCGCCCUCUCCUUGUGUGGAGGAUUGACUGACAGCAGAGAGAUCACUACAGAGCACUUCCAGGAGAAGGCGCUUUCCUACCAGCAGUUUGCAGAGAACCCCACCCUCAUAGACGACCCGAAGCUGGUGGUCAAAAUCGGCUCUAAAUAUUAUAACUGGAGCACUGCUGCGCCGAUCCUACUGGCUAUGCAGGUCUUUCAGAAACCGCUGCCGAAGGUCACUGUGGAGAAGAUCGUGAAGGAGAAGAUGCCGAAGAAAGGAGGACGCUGGUGGUUCUCGUGGCGCGGGAGAGGAAGCGGCACCAAAACGGAUUCUACAACCAUAAACAGACCCUCUGGAGGAGCUGAACAUGCUGGGAAGAUGGCUGCCAUGAGCAGGCGGAACGAUGAAUCCUCCUCCUCCUCCUCCUCCUCCUCCUCCAGUGAUGAAGAGCACCAAUCAGCCAAACAGCCAGCCAGCUCCACCCAAUCUGAGACCUCACUUAGCCAAGGGGGUGUGUCUUAUAGGAAGACACUCCGCCUCACAUCCGAACAGCUGGCUAGCCUGCAAUUAAAAGAAGGCCCCAAUGAUGUCAUGUUCAGCGUCACCACUCAGUACCAGGGCACGUGUCGAUGCGAAGGAACCAUGUACCUGUGGAACUGGGACGACAAAAUCAUCAUCUCCGACAUCGACGGCACCAUCACCAGAUCGGACACGCUGGGACACAUCCUGCCCACUCUGGGGAAAGACUGGACACACCAAGGCAUCGCCCGCCUCUUCCACAAAGUCAGCCAAAACGGCUAUAAGUUCAUGUACUGCUCUGCGAGGGCGAUCGGCAUGGCGAACAUGACCAGAGGAUAUUUACACUGGGUGAACGAGAGUGGCAGCAUGCUGCCUCAGGGUCCUGUACUGCUCAGUCCCAGCAGCCUGUUCUCAGCACUGCACCGGGAGGUGAUUGAGAAGAAGCCGGAGAAGUUUAAGGUGGAAUGUUUGACUGACAUUAAGAACCUGUUCUAUCCAAACACACAACCUUUCUACGCUGCCUUCGGAAACAGAGCCACAGACGUGUAUUCAUAUAAGGAAGUGGGUGUGCCCUUAAACAGGAUCUUUACUGUCAAUCCGAAAGGAGAACUGGUACAGGAGCAUGCCAAGACCAACGUGUCCUCGUAUGCACGUUUGGGCGAGGUGGUGGAUCACGUGUUCCCUCUCCUGAAGAGAACGAGCUCGUCAGAUUUCCCCUGCAGCGACACGUACAGCCACUUCACCUUCUGGAGAGAGCCGCUCCCUCUAGUGGACGAACAGGAGUGUGCAAGCACAGCGAACACCUGAAACACAUGCGUGAACACGCACAUCGACAAGUAGCUUCAAGAACUAGAUUUUUUUAACCUAUCACGCUAGCUGUUGAACAUUUUUAACCUGCUGCUUUUUUUUUUUUUUAAACAUUCUUACAUCACAGCAAUCUGGAUUCUGAUUGGUUAAAAGGUGGUGAUUAUAUUUCAAUAACAGCAGCUCUGACAGUAGUGCAGAGGCAAAUCAUAGGUUUAUAUUUUGCGACACAGUUAUUUGAUAACUCGACCUUUUUUUUUUUUUUUAAACAAUAAUUACGUAUGGAAAGAAUCUCCAGUACUCCAAAGCACUUUGUAGUUUUCAACACAUUCCAAUAAGGCCUCAGGGCCGAGGAGUUUACGCUUGAAUGAUUCUCCAUAACAUGACAAGUUGUGAUGUGAUUUUUUUUUUUUCUUUUGUUUUAAAGAACUAGUCGUGAUGGAAUGACUGGUUGCUGCUAUAACAUAAGUGAGAACUUGUUUCGUGAAGUGUUUUAAGAGCGUAUCGUUCAUGAAGAAAUUCUAACUAGCAGUCGUUGGUAAACUGUUAUAUAAUGACAUCAUAAAGGAGUAAAACUCUUCAGGAUGUGCUGUUACAGGAAAAUCAAAUUCCUUACAUGGAACGCUGGUUACUUUUUGCAAACUUUUGUGCAAAAUAAGAUGCGCUGCCUUUACAAGCGAGACUGCACAGAAAAAAUGUAGAACUAGGCUUUUCAAGCUACAUGUACACUACCGUUCAAAAGUUUGGGGUCACUUUGAAAUGUCCUUAUUUUUGAAAGAAAAGCACUGUUUUUUUUCAAUGAAGAUCACUUUAAACUAAUCAGAAAUACACUCUAUACAUUGCUAAUGUGGUAAAUGACUAUUCUCGCUAAAUUCUACUAAAUGUCUGGUUUUUGGUGCAAUGUCUCCAUAGGUGUAUAGAGGCCCAUUUCUAGCAACUAUCACUCCAGUGUUCUAAUGGUACAAUGUGUUUGCUCAUU